ACUCAGAGGAGAGAGAAAGAAGUGAAAAAUAAAAGCCCUUCUGCUUCCAAGCGUUAGUUACUUAUGGCCGAAGCUUCUCUAUCUCCACAAACAGUGGGAUUAUAUUAUUAUCUUAAACUAUUUUUUCACUAAAACAAAAAUAAAAUUAUUAUAACCUACUCCUUUUCCUAUCAAGAUUAGAUGUACAGAAGACCUAAUCAAAUUACCACCCAAGUCUGAAGAGUUUCAAUAAUUAACCCUCCAACAGAUUGCGUGAAAUACUCUAUUUUCUCUCUCCUCUUCAAUUAUCUUUUGGGGCAAGUUUUCUUCUCUUUCUUUCCCAGAAUUUUGUUAUUUGUUGUCAGAUACUUUUUCUGGGUUGGAACUGACGAUCUAAGUGAUUGAUGCGUUUGUUUGACUGUGAAUUUGGUAUUCAAUUGACUAAUUUCUUCAUGGGUAUGUUAGAUUCUGAUACUUUUUGAUGAUUUUGUUGGUGGGUAUAUGAUAAUUUAGGGUUUUAUUGAUAAAAUCGUUGGUGGGUCUGUUCUUUUUCUUGAUUUUAUUUGGUGGGUAUUGAGAAAUUUGGACUAUCUUGGUGGGUUCUUUUCUGUUAUGCUGAAUUCUGCUGUUUUUGGGUUGAUUUUGAGUUUGAGGUAAGAAGCACUGUUUGCUUAUAGUUAUAGUGAAAUUUCUGUUGCUGGAUAAUUUUCAAGGUUACGUAAUUUGCAUAUUCAGAAUAAUUGCUGUAGUUUUGUCUUUUGUCUGCCCAAUUUCAAUGUUGGGUAGAUUUCAGUAUUAGAAAUUUAGUUGUUUUUGAGUUGCUUGGUUGUUUUCCCGGUUUGUGUUUGGCUCCAUUGGGUUGUCUUAUAAGUAAGUAAGAUUACUUGGGAGCUAGUUAUCUAGAGGUUGGUGCAAAUUAGUUUGGAGAUCAGUUGGUAAUUACUUUUUUAGGGGGUAUUGUUGUUCGGGGAUAAGAUGAGCUCGAACGUCACCGGUGGUUACGUAUGUAGGGGAAAGCUUUUGAUACACAUUGCUGAAAAUGGUCACUCCUACGAGUUGGAUUGCGAUGAAUCCACUGUUGUUGAGGCAGUUCAAAGGUUUAUUGAAUCAAUGGCAGGGAUCCAAUUUGGUGACCAGCUCCUUCUAUGCGGGGACAUGAAACUUGAGGCUAGUGAGGCGCUUGGGGCAUAUAAGCUACCAUCAGAUGAGCAGGAAGUGUUUUGUUUCAAUAAAGCAAGAUUGCAAGCCAAUGCAGCACCCCCUCCUCAAGAACAAAUUGAAACUCAUGUCAUUCCAGAGCCAAGUCCACCAUCUUCGAACCAUGAUCCUCACCCAUUGGAUAAUGCUGUGGACCCUGCACUCAAAGCCUUGCCUUCUUAUGAACGGCAGUUUCGAUAUCAUUACCAUUGUGGACAUGCCAUAUACAGUCGGACAAUUGGGAAAUUUGAAAUCUGCGAGAGGCUUCUGAGAGAACAGAAGGUGGAAGAAAGGGCAAUAGAUAUUGCCAGGCGUAACUUGGAUUACUUUUUUAAGAUACUUAACCAAAAUUACAUGGAUUUUCAGAAGUGUUACACACAGCAACAUCGUGCACAUUCUGAUCUGUUGUUGAAUUUUGCUAGAGACAUCGAAAAGUUGAGAUCUUGCAAACUUAUCCCAGCUCUGCAAACAUCCUCUCGCAAGUGUCUGUUGGAUCUUGUAAAAGAAGAAAACUUGAGAAAAUGGCUUGAGAAUUGCACUGGUUCUCACAAGCAAUUUGACAACAAGGUUUCUCAAUUCAAACAUGUGUUUGGAAAAUUGAAGCACGAUGUUGAAGAUCUUUUUUCUAGCAAAGCUUCAUUGCCAAUCAGGGAUCUAGAAUUGAUGAUCAAGGAACGUUACCGCCAUAUCAAUGAACAGAGGAGUAUUAUGCAGUCUUUGAGCAAGGAUGUUAGCACAGUCAAGAAACUGGUGGAUGAUUGUUUAUCAAGCCAGUUAUCGUCUUCUCUCCGUCCCCAUGAUGCAGUUUCUGCCUUAGGCCCCAUGUAUGAUGUCCACGAUAAAAAUCAUCUUCCGAAGAUGACAGCUUGUGACAGUUCAAUUUCUGAGCUUCUUGAUUACUGCAAAAAUAAAAAGAAUGAAAUGAAUAUAUUUGUUCACAGUUACAUGCAAAAGAUUGCAUAUAUUCAACAUACCAUAAAAGAUGUUAGGUUGCAAUUCAAUGCUUUCUCAGAGGCAAUAAAGCGCCAGGAUGCUGUAUUUGAGGGCUUAAAGGUGGUUCGUGGUAUUGGCCCUGCUUACAGAUCAUGUCUUGCAGAAGUAGUGAGAAGAAAGGCUUCCAUGAAGCUUUAUAUGGGCAUGGCAGGACAAUUGGCUGAAAAACUUGCUAUAAAGAGAGAAGAGGAGGUGAGGAGACGGGAAGAUUUUUUGAAGGCACAAAGUUCUUAUAUACCAAGGGAUGUAUUAGCUGGCAUGGGAUUGUUUGACACUCCAAGUCAAUGUGAUGUCAAUAUUGUUCCUUUUGACACUAGUUUGCUUGAUAUUGACAUUAGGGAUAUUGACUGUUAUGCUCCAGAAUCUUUGGUUGGACUGCCAUUCAAAAGUGAGAAACCAGGGAAUUCACGGACCUCACUUUCUAUGUCCAACAGCAGUACUUCUUCAGAUGUUACAGGGAACGCUGUUGUUACCCCUGAAAAGUAUGAAUCUGAGGACUUUGAUGUAUGUGAUAUGUUCGAUGUUGCUGGAACUAGUAAAAUUGAAGUUGAAAAUGCAAAACUGAGAGCUGACCUUGCUUCUGCCAUUGCAAGGAUUUGCUCUUUGAGCUCUGAUGUGGAAUAUGAAUCACUUGAUGAUAGUAGGGCAGAUAGUUUGCUAAAAAAUGCUGCUGAAAAAACAGCUGAAGCAUUGCAACAAAAAGAUGAGUAUGUAAAACAUCUCGAGUCCAUGUUGAAGGCCAAACAACAGCAGUGUCAAUCGUAUGAAAAGCGGAUUGAAGAGCUGGCCCAGCAAUUGUCUGACCAGUAUAUGCAGGCACGAAAGUGUUUAGGCAAUAAUGAUGCAGCUUACUCCACGAAGGCAGAUGAUUGCAGGUCAGAAAUUCUAGAUCACACGGAGAGGCAACUUGCUUGUAGGAGUAGUGAACUGAUGGAUGAGAUUUCUUGUACAUCUAACCGAGAUGAUGCAAAAGAUGGACUUUUGCCUACGAUGACUAGCAAACCUCAAGAAGUAGAUGAGAAUAUGACCGAUUCUUCUGGAACUCAGAAUCUUCAUCUGGACUCAUCUAUGAUGGAUCCACAACGUGAUGAGCAGCUGCUUGCCACAGGUAGUUCUUUAGAUGUGUUACCUUCUGAGGCUCCUGCUGAUCCAAGUCUGAGUGCUGCUAAGGUCAAUGCUGAUGUUGUGCUAGAACUGCAAAGGGCACUUGAAGACAAAGCAAACCAGCAGGCUGAAACUGAAAGUAGGCUUAAAUCUGCAUUGGAGGAUAUGUCCAAGCUCGGCUUAGAGUUGGAAAAUAGCAGGAAGCUUCUAGAUGAAUCACAGAUGAAUUGUGCUCACCUAGAGAACUGUCUGCACGAAGCUAGGCAAGAAGCUCAGACCCAUCUCUGUGCUGCUGACCGUAGAGCUUCAGAAUACAACACUCUGCGUGCAUCUGCUGUGAAAAUGCGUGGACUUUUUGAAAGACUCAAGUCUUGUGUCAAUGCAUCUGGGGGAGUUGCUGGUUUUGCUGAUGCACUGCGUUCUUUAGCUCAAUCUCUUGCCAGUUCUGCAAGCGAUGCUGAAGAUGAUGGUACUGUUGAGUUUCGUGCAUGCAUUAAGGUCCUUGCUGAAAAAGUUGGUAUCUUGUCAAGGCAGCGUACUGAGCUGCUUGAUAGGUAUUCAAAGGCAGAGGCUGCAAACAAGCAGCUCUCAAAGGAGUUGGAAGAGAGGAAAGAAUUGGUUAAAACAUUAUACACAAAGCAUCAACUAGAGAAACAGGCAAAUAAGGAAAAGAUCUCUUUUUGUCGUUUUGAGGUCCAUGAGAUUGCUGCCUUCAUCCUCAACUCAUCAGGGCAUUAUGAAGCAAUAAGCCGGAACUGCCCCAACUAUUUUCUAUCUUCAGAAUCUGUGGCCUUAUUCACUGACCAUCUUCCCACUCGCCCUGCCUAUAUCAUUGGGCAGAUUGUCCACAUUGAGCGACGUGUUGUGAAGCCACAACCCGGAUUGUCAAGGUACGAGCACAACAGUGGAGGAGAUCAAGCCGAUUGCGUGACAUCAUCAUCAACAACACCAUCAUCUGACACCUUAGCCAGUCUUCUUCCCAAGGGUUGUGAAUACUUCAUCGUAACAGUUGCUAUGCUACCUGAUACAACCAUUCAUUCGCCGUUGCCUUCCUGAUCUCCGGCGUCAAUCUUAACAGACAUGAUGGAAGUAGGGAUAAUAAAAAGUAAAAAACAAAGAAAAGAAACUGUAAAUAAUGUAUCAUAUCUUAAACUUUUGGACAUUCAAAUCCUUAAUCUUUAUUGGGGUUCCUGUAUAGUUGAAUGAUGAAUUUGGUUUAGACUUUUCCCUUUGUAAAUAAGGUUACUUUAGCCGUAGAACUGUUUAAAUAUGCUCUCUAACCUUUUAAUGGUCUUUAUUGUUCUGGUUCUCACAAACCCAUUCAUUAUGUGGAAAUUCAAGUGCCUCUUUAAUA